AUGGGGCAAUUUUGUGAGGUGGAGGACCUAGAGUACGAUGAGGUUCGAUCUCAUCUUAUGGACUUGCUUGGCGUCGAUCGCGCCAAAGCUUCAGCCGAGAUGAAGAAGUCACGCAGUCCAAAAGUGCGGCUGAGCUGGCUCUGCGAGGUCUACCACGAUUGCAUUCAGCAGGAGCUUUGGGAGUGCGCUGCUCGGGCGUAUUUGUUGCAUCUGCUUGGAUGCACAAUUUUUACUAAUAAGAGUGGGAAUUUGAUUCGUGUCUUGUACCUCUUUUUGUUGCAAGACUUGAAUGCAUGUUCGAGAUAUGCCUGGGGAGCAGCUGCACUGGCACACACUUAUGAGCAGCUAGGAGAUGCUAGCUUCAAUGGUGUGAGAUUGAUAGCUGGAUAUUCCACUCUUCUACAGAGUUGGAUAUAUGAGCACCUUCCUGGGAUGGGAAGGAGGCGAGUCUCAGAUACGUACACAGAUCUCCAUCCACGAGCUUCACGAUACAUACCUUCAGACAGGGUUGGAGUCUUACGGAGGGGCGGAGAUAUCUGGAUGGGCUCACGAUGGAUCCUACUAGGCAACAUGAUUCACCGGCAUCUGCCUGAACGCGUGUUGCGUCAGUUCGAUUUUCAGCAGAUCAUACCACGUUCGCCUGAGAGCCUUCCAAUGCCAGAGAUUCAUACAAUUGAUCAAAAUUGGUUGAGGUAUGUAGAGCAUGCCGUUACUAGUGCUGUUGAAGCUGAGGACCCCUUUGCGUGUGUUGACGGAUACCUGGCGUGGUUUAGACGAGUGUCCCACCCGUACAUCACUCCAACUAACGACGAUGAUCGACCCAAUCUUGCACCGUGCAUGAGGCGACACCUUCCGGAUGACAUCCCGGUGCCCCCGGUUCGUCAUAGACGAUCGCCUGAAUCUGGAUUAUUGGGUGGUAUGAGGCGUCUGAUGAGGAUGCUGCAGGGCAUGUUAAGCUGUCAACACAUCACACAGAACGUUGUAGUCUAUGAGCAAACUAAUCAGACAUUACAGGUUUCUCGUAGAUCUGUUGAGGAGUACGAGGCUGCUACUACUAGUAGAGGUGCUCGUCAUGUGCGCGAACGAGCAUCAUUUUCUUGA